AUGCAGCUCUAUUUUUCGAUUCUGGUGAUUAUAUGGUCCUCACAGCUUCACAACGUUGUCGGAAAAUGUCGACCUUCGACUUACUCAAUAAACAGCCACUACUUAGCUGGUCACGUGAUGUCCACAAGGAUUGUCUCCAGUCUUUCUGAGUGUGUGAUAAUAUGUGUAACUGAUGUCCACUGUAAAAGUUUGAACUUCCAUUCCAUCGAUGGGUUAUGUGACUUGAAUGACGCAGACAGACGUACCCUCUCAAAAGAUUUUCGACCGAAAAUAGGAUGCAUCUACAUGGAAAUGUUUCCUUCAUUUAAGUCCUGUGCAGAAAUACAACAGGCGCAGCCUCAGGCAAAGAAUGGAUAUUACUGGAUACAGAUUGGGAGCAGAGAAGCUCAGGUUUAUUGUGAUAUGACGAACUAUGGUGGCGGUUGGACUUUGGCAGUGACCAUCAACUCCGCGAAAAACGAUCAUCUUCAGAGCGCUGAAAUGAAUUGUCUCAACUCAAAGCUGUGUGUUCCGUUUACUGAGAACGACAUCGCAGCCCGAAAGCUAACGGACAAAGACAUACACGAGCUGCUACAUUUUGAAGGAACCUUUAGAGUUGAUGUUUUGGAAAAACCGGUCAAUUAUACCAUAUUCUAUCAGAUUCCAAGUGGUCCUACAAACUUUAAAUCAACGUGCAGUCAUGGAAAGUGUCCACGCAUAAUCAUAUCACAUUCUUUUCCGUAUCGUUGGGAGACUAACACUUGUACAAACCAGACGACUGGGUAUAGAAUUGCCGGCAGUUGUCACAGAGUGUUCGAUGGACAUGACGAUGGCGAGUGUGGCUCUUUAUGGUUUUCAUCUCAAUACCCUCACACACGAGCAUUGUAUGGUUAUGCACCGUGCAGCCAUGGUGGAAUCUUCGAAAACAAGUGUGGGAUGUUGUUUGUAAAGUAA